UAUAGUGUUAAUACAAAGUGUGUGAUUCAAAAUGCUCAACGCGACUGUAGACAAAAUACUUAUGUUAAACAAGAAAAUAAUUUAGAAAUAAAAAAAAAAAAUAAAAAUAACACAUUUAUACGGUUAACGUGGCAGCUUACAUAUGUUUAUUAUGUAAUAAGUAAGCGACAGUGAUAAAAACAAGCGAUAUACUGUACAAUUCCAAUUGCCAAAGAGCGGCUUAAGCUUGGACGAAGAAAAAAUAAAACACUGUGAUAUUUUCGGAAACAAAAGAAGAACAACAGAACAACGCAAGAUGAAUAACGAGAAAGACCAGAAUAACCUCAAUCCUGAAAAAACUUCGUUCGUGAAUUUGGAAUUAAAUGCACGGAUACAGCCGGCGGUGGCUGCGAGUUCGCAAAAGGCGACUCCGAGCUCGUACGUUGUAACCACACCAAAUGCAAAGCAGGGAAGAGGAAGUGCCUUUAAACAAGUUAUCGCGGCCCUCGUUGCCCAGUUGGGAACGAUCAACACUGGAAUGGUAUUUGGAUUUUCGGCGAUUGCUCUUCCGCAGAUGAAAUCACCGGAAAGCUUUAUCAAGAUUGACGAUACCAUAGAGUCGUGGAUAGCAAGUAUCAACGCGAUCGGCACUCCAAUCGGCUGCUUUCUGUCCGGUUACAUGUCAGACCUUCUGGGUAGAAAGUUGACGCUGAUCAUAACGCAGAUACCAACGCUCCUGGGAUGGGCCCUGAUAUGCUUCGCAUCGAACAUCGAGAUGAUAUACGCGGGCAGAUUCUUCGUCGGUCUGGGCUCGGGGAUGGUCGGCGCGCCGGCGAGAGUCUACGCCGCGGAAGUGACGCAGCCUCAUCUCCGAGGAAUGUUGGUGGCGAUCGCGAGCGUCGGAGUGAGCACCGGUGUCCUGGUCGAGUAUAUCAUCGGCGGUUUUCUUCACUGGCAAACAUGCGCGGCCAUUAGCUCCGUGGUCCCGCUAACCUCCCUGAUCCUGAUCUUCCUCUUCCCCGAGACCCCGUCGUACCUAAUGUCUCGUCAGAAGCCAGAGCAGGCGAGACGCGCGUUGGGCAGACUCCGGGGAAAGAGCUGCAACCUGGAGCGAGAAAUGGACGUGCUGAUAAACUUCAGCAAGCAGAACAAGGUCCAACACCUUUCCGGUCCGCGUGAAAUCAUAAGGGCCAUCCUUCAGCCCAAGGUCAUAAAGCCCUUCAUCGUUCUCGCCACCUAUUUCCUGGUCUACCAAUGGUCGGGAACCAACGCCAUCACCUUCUACGCGGUCGAAAUAUUUCAAGCCUCAGGUGCGAAGAUGGACAAAAACUACCUCACCAUGAUCCUCGGGGCGGUUAGGCUCGUCUCGACCGUCGCUGCCUGUAUUUUAUGCCGAAGAUGCGGUCGUCGUCCUCUCACUUUCGUGUCAUCGAUUGGAUGCGCACUGUCCAUGCUUGGCCUCGGGAUCUACAAGUUCGCAACCAUGGCGGAAGCGGCGGAAGCAGCCAAGGUGGCUAAGGCUGCCGGGGUGACGGACGUGAUCUUGAACAGCGCUCACUCCUGGAUUCCAGUGUUCUGCAUAUUCAGCUACACCAUCUUCUGCACCCUUGGAUUUUUGGUCAUUCCAUGGGUAAUGAUCGGCGAGGUUUACCCGGUCCAAGUCCGUGGAAUCGUCGGAGGUCUGACCACUAUGUCCGCUCACAUUUUCGUAUUCACGGUGGUCAAGUCCUUCCCGUUCCUUCGGGUCGCCCUUACGGAACCUGGUAUCUACCUGCUGUUUGGUAUGAUUCCGCUCCUCGGCACGGUUUAUCUUUACAUCUUCUUGCCGGAGACCAAAGGAAGAACCCUUCAGGAGAUCGAGGACUAUUACUCCGGCAGGACGACGACCCUGGGGCCGGCCCCCAGGUCUGUCGCACCCUCCGCGCCGCAGGUUCUCGAGCCGCAGAAAGGACAGCUCCUUCCUUGAAUCUUGGUGUUUUACGUAUUUAUGUGUAUGAUUAAUCGACGAAGGGUCAACGGUGGUCGGAUUGCUUCGACGUUGUGUUGUUGGAAAUAUUAUCGACAGACCGGGUUGACACCCAAAUAGAAAAAAAUCAGUGAUUUAGUUUUAUUUAUAGUUCAACCUUACCCAACCUCAAACCAUCGCUAGGUUUCAGGUAUGGGUAACACAUGCACGUUGUGCACUGACGGUAUAUUGGACCUCCAUCCCAGGCGGGAUGGAUUCGAGGAAGAUUUGCCCGUACAGGGCAGCUAGGAAAGUCUCGAUUGUUUGUGUCUUGACGAUAGUGAUCAUGGUGCUACGGAUGUAGAUUUAAGGAUUCAAUCGAAUUGACAAUGAAUAAUAGUUGUUAUUGAUCGCAUUUAGAAGCGUUACGUACCCAAGCAUAUGUGAGUUAUACAUUUAUACACACACUGUUGGAGAAAUAUGGUAAAUUGACCUCAAU